CCCGCCUCCAAUGCGUCUCCACCUCCCCCAGAUGAUGAUGAUGAUGAUGAUGGUGAUGAUGAUGAUGAUGAUGAUGGUGAUGGUGAUGCUGAUGACGAUGUUGAUGAUGAUGAUGAUGGGGAUGAUGAUGAUGAUGAUGAUGAUGAUGAUGAUGAUGAUGAUGAUGAUGAUGAUGAGGAUAAAUAUAUCACACAACAAGAGAGAGGCUCAUGUUGUCGCUUGAUUUCCUCUGUAACUUUCCUCCGCACAUUUACCAAGGGCGAGCUUGUGCAGUUCUUCAUCGGCCAGUAUGGACUUCAAGUGGGAAAUGCGGUGUGGGAAUUGGCUUGCGCUGAAAACGGUCUAGAUUGUUCCGGUUCUCCACAGGACAAAUCUUUUCACUUGGACGACCAUGGUGUGCAAACAUUGUUUACUCAAACACCGUCCGGAAAAUUUGUUCCACGAUGUGCGCUAAUCGACACGGAACCAACGGUGAUUGAUGAAAUACGAAUUGGCCACUAUAGAAAUCUUUUCAACCCCCAAAACCUGGUAAGCGGAUGGGAAGACUCGGCCUCCAAUUUUGCAAGGGGCUAUUACAGAAACGCUCAGAAGAUUCUACAGCCAACACUGGAAGUCACAAGACGGUUGGUCGAGGCAUGCGAUGACUUGCAAUCUUUUGUCUUUCACCAGUCACACAGUGGUGGUACGGGUUCUGGUUUCACUGCAUCUCUCCUGGAAAAGCUGCAUGACGAGUACACCAAGAAGAUCCGUUUCAGCAUUUCCCUAUUGCCAAGCGACGCGAUGAGCACAUGCAUCGUGGAGGCUUACAACACCCUACUAAGCUGCCAUGUUCCAAAUGAAUAUAUUGAUUUCACAAUCUUGACGGACAACAAAGCUCUGUUGGCAGCGUGCGUCGACCGGAUUGGUAUCUGGAAACCGACAAUGUACCAUCUGAACAGGGUGCAAGCGCAGUCUGCCGUUUUGACAACACUGUGGGAAGUUCUCGCCUUCGGGACAAAAGUAUACACUCAGUAUAAACUGUCCGAGUUAACGGUGAUUGCUACUGAUGUGGAGGCAUGCUUGAUUGCGAAAUUAGAGUCUAUUGGAUAUGUACUGGAUUUUCCUGACAAAGGGAGAAAGUCUCUGAGUGAUGGAAGAGCGCCCAUUGUACAGAAUGCCGUUGAGGAACUUCAGUCCCAGAGUAUCUUGGCCUCUUCGUCAAUAACUCAGGUGUCUCAGUUGACCGGCAUUCCCCGCUCCAGCGUGCUUCGUAUUAUGAGACGCCACCUUCAUCUCUACCCGAAUCAUUUCACUUCAUUACAAAACAUCAUGGAAGAAGACGAGGAGCAACGUGUCACGUUCGCUAACUGGCUGCUGGACAAUGAAGAAAUCGUUCCCAACAUUUUAUGGAGCGAUGAAGCAAAUUUUUCUGUGGAUGGCAUAACCAACAAGCAAAAUUGCGUGAUAUGGUCCCGUGAAGCUCCUCACGAGUACCAUAAUCCUCAUUCCCCUCAUCCCUGUGCGUGGAUGGGAUUCUCCUCAAAGUGUCUCCUGCGUUCCUUUUUCUUUGAUGUUACAGUUUCCGGCGACCGUUACCUCCAUAUGCUGCAGACGCAUGUUAUCCCGCAACUCGAGCAGCACGAGAAGUCAUCAAUUGUCUUUCAACAAGAUGGCGUUCCACCCCACUACACAAACCAAGUCGUGAGUGGAGUACUUUCUCCACUUCUGUUUACAUCACAGAUUUCUGCAGGCCUUCCGGAGCUGCUCACCAAUCUGGUGCCCUACCCGGAGGCGCACCUUGUGAUUGGUUCGCUGAGCCCACUACGUGGGAGCAGAAAUACGAACUACGAGGCGCUGUCAUGUUGUGAAAUAACAGAACAAGCCUUCAGGGCACAAAACCAGCUCCUUUCGAGCCCAGCGGCUUAUCAACCAACCUACCUAUCCUGCUGCCUACUUUAUCGUGGAGGUGUGACCGGGAAGCACAUCAACAACGCGAUAAUCAAAUUGAAGAAAUCCGGAAAUUUACCCUGGGUCGACUGGUGUCCGACCGGAUUCAAGGUCGCAGUUUCCAAUCAACCAAUGACUAUCGUCCCUUCGAGUUGUAUAGGUCAGACAGAUUGUUCACUUCUGAUGCUGCACAACUCCACAAUGAUCAUUCCUGCACUGAGCCAUGUGCUUGACGAAUUUCGAAUGCUCUACUCUCGGCGAGCUUUUGUGCACUGGUAUACGUCCGAGGGCAUGGACGAGGCACAGUUCACCGAAGCGUCACUCAGUUUGGCUCAAAUACGAGAUGAGUAUACACAGUUUCAGCGGGCCAACAUGAUGGGGGACCUGAGGGACAAAGAAACAUCGAAUCUAAAUUCGCCCGAAAUGAAACAAGUAACUGCCCGAAUGGAGAACUUUUCCGCAUCACCAAACCCUGGACCCCGGGACCGCACCUCCACAGGAUCGCUUGGAAACAGCGCACUAAAAGUUCACCGGCCAUCUAAAUUUGCCUAUUGUAAUGAGUGUACGGAAACGCCAAUUACUUAUCCUGAUGAUCCUCUCGCCAGAUAUAUACAACUGGAUGCUGAGUUUCUGAAGGACUACUUGAGGAAUAUUUCAUACCAUUCAUCGCUCGACCCGAAUUCCUUUAGAGCUGUCCGAGAUGGUACUUUAGACAUAGUCUCCGAAGCCCGUCUUACUUCAACAAUCUCUGAUAAUCAAUCUGAUCACUCUCCAAUAAUAGGAAGUUCGUUGACUGCAGAAGGAACCGACGUACCAUCUACAAGUCGCCUUUCUCGAACUAAUAGUUCCACCACCAGUGGAGAAACUACGACAAGGAAGAAGAAGCAACUCUCAGCAUGCUUGCAACGUAAUCAACCAACAUUUCCGGAACAUUACCGGCACAGCGAUAGAAAAAAGCUGAUCUCGAGCUAUCCCAAUACAACCAGGGAACUUCCAACUCUUGUGAAAUGUGGCAAAAAGCUCUCCAACAGACAAAACAGUAACAAUCCUAAAAAACACCUGUCCACAAACCAGUGCGCAUUCACAAUAGUACACCAGGUGGAAAUAGACUGCAGUCACUCGGGUGAUAAUAUCAACUCAUCUCCAAUCGAAUCGGUGUGUAUUGUGGAGACCAAAGAAGUUUCGGAUGCCAUGCAGGCCACUGUAUUCUUGUAGCACAGUGAAUUUUCACAAGUUUCAGGAUUUAUUCUUUUCAUGGUUAACUCUGCAUUUUAACUUCUUAUUAGGUUAUUCUACCUAAUUUUGUUGGACAGGAUUGAGUUGUCUCAUGGCUUUGUUUUAUAGCGUGUUUGAGUUCUGAUUCGUUUGGGACAAUAAAUAUCUUCAUUCUG